AUCCCGAAGUGAGAGCUUGCCAAAUCCCUGUCUUCCCGAGCCGACAACGUGACUGCGUACGCGUGUACAACAACACAGCUUACUCAACGCAUUUCGUAAUCUGGACUCGCAUCAAAUUGUUAAAAAGAUAUUGACUGUGACUCGUGUUUUGUGUGUGAAACUAGUGCUCAGACAUGUUGGACAGGUCCAUCCUUGGUGGUAGUUGGGAAAGCGUGGUGUCGAGGGAUGACUACGACAUUGACUACAGCCCGAGUCCGAGAGGCUCGCCCUUGAAGGACACGUCUAACAUUCAGGAUGACCAGUCUUACUGCAUCAGCCGUCACAAUCCUAACAAAACUUUUCGGCGGGAGUCCGUCAUUGCUUCGUGGAAGCAUUUGAAGAAGGAGAGGGAACAGGCCUUGGGGAAGCGAGUCGUGUAUGUCGAUGCUGACAGCUAUCAGGAUUACUACGGCAGGAACAAGGUUAAGCGGUGCAAAAGUGAAAGGACUGCUUGCGCCCCUCGUGUGCCCAAGAAAGUUAAACGCACGUACUCUGUAUUAUACAGGUAUGACCCUAACGAAGAAAAGGUUGUUAAAGAAUAUAAGUACCAGCUGCCUAAAGAUCAAGAAUCAUCGGAAAAUGAGCACAUACCGAUGCAGAGGUCUGUCUCAGAACCGUAUUUGCAGCCAGACAGGGUACCGAAGAAGAAGGUGAAGAGAUCCAUCACGACACUAUUGAACAUCAAGACAAAAUUCUUCAAUAUAUUCAGUUCGAAGUGUUAAGAUGUUUUGAUCCUUCGACGGAAUAGUUGCUCAAUUUAAUGCAUUUUAUAUGACGGGCGUUAUGCAAAUCUUUGAUGGGAUCAAUUUGUUUGCUACAUAUCUAGUAGUAAUAGUUAAUCUGGUUUGGAUAUAUUAAAAUAAAGUAACUGUCUCAAUCUCGAGAUUGAUACUAGCCUUACAUGGGCAGAAAUUAAAAAAGAAAUGAAAUCUGUCAUCUAUAACAGAAUAUUCGCAACCAAGAUAUCAUAUCUGUAGGUCAGUUAGAUAUUGCACCGAGAUUAUAAUGUAUCCUAGAACUAGAUAAGUGAAUGAUAAGUUUCUUUUAUCGUACCAAAUGUAUUUUAAUUUAGUAUUAAAAUUUGUGAUAGGUACGUACGUGUGUUGUAAUAGUUGUUUGAUUGCUACAGGACUAGAUGAUGGAGGCCUUUCAGACUUGGAACUGAUGUAAAUACAGAGGCUAAAAAUGAAUGUUAAGAUAAUUUUUCUUUUAAAUUUAAUGCACAUACAAAUUGUAAUCUUUGGUAACAUUUUCAUUAACAAACUUUCUGUACUAUAUUGUAAUUUGUGCAAUAAAAAAAUGAAAUAUCAGAGAUAUGUCUGAAAGUGGAUCUAAAUUUAUGAUAUAAUAAUAUUGGUAUAAGAACUUGUAUAUAAAAUGUUAUAUUUAACCUGUGUAUAAAGUUAUGGGGCAUAGAUGUGACAAUAUUAUAAUGACAAGGCUAUUAUUUCAAGCAGGGUUCGAAAUUAUAAAGAUAUUUUUGAAAUGUCCGAUAUUUAUCGAGACUAUAAUUUUUUUCGACCCCUGACUUAGAAUCCUAAGAUAAGCUGUUCAUCGUUGACUUUGCGUCAAUAAUUGAAUAUGCUGCAAAUAGCCUUAUUGGAUCGCCUUGUAACUUAACAAUGCUAUCUCAUUGUUAAGAAAUACAUAGACAGGCUUACAUGAAACGUAAUUACAUGUGAUCGCCAGUUUAAGAAUGGUUUUAGGCAAAAUACAAUAAAACAACAGUUCAAAAAAUAUUCUCCUAUGUAAUA